CUGGAGGAGGAGCUGGGGAGCUGAGCAGAGCGGAAGUCUGGACUCUCACUAGUGAAACCACAGCUGUGGCCAUGGCUGGGAAGCCCGUGCUUUACUACUUCAAUGGCCGGGGCAGGAUGGAGUGCAUCAGGUGGCUCCUGGCUGCAGCAGGGGUGGAGUUUGAAGAGAAGUUUGUAGAAUCUCCAGAAGACUUGGAGAAGUUAAUAAAAGAUGGGAGUUUGAUGUUUCAGCAAAUACCCAUGGUGGAGAUUGAUGGGAUGAGGCUGGUACAGACCAGAGCCAUUCUCAACUACAUCGCCACCAAAUACAACCUCUAUGGGAAGGACGCGAAGGAGAGAGCCCUGAUUGACAUGUAUACAGAGGGUAUUUUAGAUCUCACUGAGAUGAUGCUGCAAGUGGUCAUAAGUCUCCCAGACCAAAGAGAAGCCAAGAUCUCCUUGAUAAAAGAAAAGACCAAAAACCGGUAUUUGCCAGCCUAUGAAAAAGUCUUGAAGAGCCACGGACAAGACUACCUUGUUGGCAACAGGCUGACCAGGGUAGACAUUCACCUGCUGGAAGUUCUCCUCUAUGUUGAAGAGCUUGACUCCAGCCUUCUGGCCCCUUUCCCCCUGCUGAAGGCCCUGAAGAGCAGAAUCAGCAGCCUGCCCAAUGUGAAGAAGUUCCUGCAGCCUGGCAGCCAGAGAAAGCCUCCCAUUACUGCAAAACAAAUCGAAGAGGCCAGGAAGAUUUUCAAGUUUUAGUAAAGCUGCAUUUACCGAGUCCUUGGAUUCCAGUCUCUGGUGUUUAUCAAAACUAAGUCACGGCUGUGGAUCAUGGUUAUUUUGAAAUAAUAAACAUGGAAGAACACUGUAUGUA